GGAGCGAGGAGCUUCGCUCCUGCCUCAGCCUCCGCGUGGGGCGGGCUGGGGAGGGAGGAGCGGGUCGGGAAGUGAAGCGGCGCGCGCCCAGGCCGGACAGCAGCAGCGGUACAAAGGGGCGCGACAGCGCCAUGCUGCCUCCCUGCAACGCCGUGCUGGCCCCUAGCCCUGCGCGCCCCGCCUGAGGAGCAGCCGCCGCUGGGUCCGUCUGUCCCCCCCGCCCAGCCUGAGGGCGGCGAGGCAGCGCGGCCCCUCCCGGUUUUUGAUAAAUGGACACUGACAUGGACUACGAAAGACCCAACGUUGAAACCAUAAAAUGUGUGGUGGUUGGCGAUAAUGCAGUGGGAAAGACUCGCUUAAUUUGCGCAAGGGCAUGCAAUACUACUUUGACACAGUAUCAGCUCCUGGCAACUCACGUACCAACUGUCUGGGCAAUUGAUCAGUAUCGUGUCUGCCAAGAGGUCCUUGAACGCUCCCGGGAUGUUGUUGAUGAAGUGAGCGUUUCUCUCAGACUCUGGGAUACUUUUGGUGACCAUCACAAAGACAGACGUUUUGCUUAUGGAAGGUCUGAUGUAGUUGUUCUGUGUUUUUCAAUUGCUAAUCCUAAUUCCUUGAAUCAUGUGAAAACAAUGUGGUAUCAAGAAAUCAAGCACUUUUGUCCUCGCACACCUGUUGUUUUGGUUGGCUGCCAACUGGAUCUUCGUUACGCUGAUCUUGAAGCUGUUAAUCGAGCCAGACGGCCUUUAGCAAGGCCUAUAAAAAGGGGAGAUAUUUUACCACCAGAAAGAGGCAGAGAGGUUGCCAAGGAGCUUGGGAUACCAUAUUAUGAAACUAGUGUAUUUGACCAGUUUGGAAUUAAGGAUGUUUUUGAUAAUGCAAUCAGAGCUGCACUAAUAUCCAGGAGACACCUGCAGUUCUGGAAAUCACAUUUAAAGAAGGUCCAAAAACCUUUACUUCAGGCUCCAUUCCUACCUCCAAAGGCACCUCCUCCAGUUAUUAAAAUCCCAGAGUGUCCUGUAACCAGUAUGAAUGAGGCUGGAUAUUUGUUAGACAAUCCAUUGUGUGCAGAUGUUAUGUUUGUUCUUCAGGAGCAGAAUCACAUUUUUGCUCACAAGAUUUACCUAGCUACCUCCUCUUCAAAGUUUUAUGACCUUUUUUUAAUGGAACGUGAAGAAUCUCCAGACUUCAGUGAAAUACAGUGUAGUACAGAUAAGACCAGUAGGGACUUCCUGUCUAGAACUAGUCAUCUUGAAACAGAUGAUGACAGUGAUGAAGCAAAUUUAAAAACUUUUGAUUCCAAACUUCCAAUACCAGAAAUUGAUGGGACUUUAAAGAUGCUAGAACUUGAAACUGAAGAAACUAGUUCUACAAGGAGAGCUUUGUCCUCCUUGGGUAAAGGGUUUGUUAGUAUGCAUAAGGAAAUACAAAUCAACCCUGUAUCUAAUAGGAAAUGUCCUGUAACUGUGGUCAAGAUGGAUUCCUCUGUUCAGCCUGGGCCUUUUAAAACUGUUUUACAAUUUCUAUAUGCUGGGCAACUGGAUGAAAGUGAAAAAGAUCUGACAAGAUUAGCACAGAUUGCUGAAAUCUUGGAAGUAUUUGACUUGCGGAUGAUGGUGGAAAAUAUUAUGAAUAAAGAAGCCUUCAUGAAUCAAGAGAUUACUAAAGCCUUUCAUGUCAGGAAAGCUAACCGGAUAAAAGAGUGUCUUUGCAAAGGUACAUUUUCUGAUGUUACAUUUAAGUUGGAUGAUGGAAGCAUAAAUGCCCACAAGCCACUGCUGAUUUGUAGCUGUGAAUGGAUGUCUGCUAUGUUUGGAGGAUCAUUUGUUGAAAGUUCAAACAGUGAGGUUGUUCUUCCCAACAUAAACAAGACUUCUAUGCAGGCAGUUCUGGAUUAUUUGUAUACCAAGCAAUUAUCAUCGAGUCAGGAGCUGGACAUGCUUGAAUUAAUUGCACUGGCAAACAGAUUUUGCCUCCCACACUUGGUUGCACUGGCAGAGCAGCAUGCUGUGCGGGAGCUGACUAAAGCCUCAGGGAAUGGCAUUGGCAUAGAUGGUGAAGUACUCUCCUAUUUGGAAUUGGCCCAGUUUCACAAUGCUAAUCAGCUGGCAGCGUGGUGCUUGCACUACAUCUGCACCAAUUACAACAAUGUUUGCUCCAAAUUCCGUAAAGAAAUAAAAGCUAAGUCUCCAGAUAAUCAGGAAUAUUUUGAGAGACAUCGCUGGCCUCCUGUAUGGUACUUAAAGGAAGAAGAUCACUACCAGCGUGUUAAAAAGGAAAGAGAAAAGGAAGAUAUUGCACUGAGUAAACAUCAUUCAAAACGGAAGUGGUGCUUCUGGAAUUCCUCUGCUAUAGUUGCCUGAGCAAAGCAAAUACAUGUAAACACUACAAUGGUGUAAUUAUAACACUGCUCUAAAAUUAGUCUUAUGGUUAGAAAUAAGAUGUAGUUCAGGUUCCCGGCACUGAUUUUAUUCCAUGUUUUGCAUUUAUCAUUGUUAGGGUCAAAAGCACAAGCUCAGCUAUAGUGAGCCUGGAAUAGUUCCUUAAACUGAUGUGUGCAUUUUUCGUUAGUAAGCAAAAUAAGCAUCUACCAUUAUUACAUCUCUUUUUAUACCAAAACAAAUCCAGCAUUAAUGUUUCAAACUCUAAAUUGGGAAAUAUUUUUAUACUGUCUUGUGUAUUUUGUUUAAAUAAAAAUUCUGGGUAUAACUUUAUUUCACACACCACAAAAUAACCACAUAGCAGCUUUGUAAUUAGAUUUUAACUAUUUUUCUUAUGUGAGUACAGCGAAAUAUAAACUAGCACCCCCUCUUAACAGAUAACCUUCUGUCUUAAGUGACCAGCUUAAAAGUACCCUGUGAAAAUUAUCAUCAUAGUAAUCAUCAGCUUCUACUAGGCAACCAGUUUUUGUCCCUACGUUCCAUGCACUCAUAACAUAAUUAGAUGGUUAUUUCUUCUUUCUAAAGUAAAGGAUUAUAAUAAGAUCAAAUAACUGCAAGUUAUAGAGCAUUUAAUCUUUGUUCAACUGAAUAAUGGGCAGUAUGAUUACCUGUUCAACUGCAGGAACAUGUAUUUCUAAUAUUUGCCAUGUAAGUGCAUAUAAUUAUGAUUAUUUGGGCCAUGUGAAAUCUAGUGAUUCUAAGUAUUCAGAGGUUUUAAAGGUCUAGAUUGAAGAGGAUAAUUUUAAAAUCAUUAGAAGGGCUUAUUAAUUUAAAUCUUUAUCCAGGGCAAACUCAGUAUGGAUCUGAAUACAAAAAGCAGAUAUGCUGGUAGUCUUGGAAUUACUGUAUUAUAGUUGCAGGUUUCAGAGUAACAGCCGUGUUAGUCUGUAUCCGCAAAAAGAAGAACAGGAGUACUUGUGGCACCUUAGAGACUAACAAAUUUAUUAGAGCAUAAGCUUUCGUGGACUGUAGCAGGAUGCUCUAAUAAAUUUGUUAGUCUCUAAGGUGCCACAAGUACUCCUGUUCUUCUUUUUGUAUUAUAGUUGGUUACUCUUUGAGAGCCUAAUUCUGCAGUCAUUCCUCUUUCAAAACUCCUUUUUGCUUCUACAGGAGUUAUGCAAAUGAAAGGCUGCACAAACAAGUAGAUACAUUCCUCUAUUGUUGCUGUAGCAUCUUGCAAAUGAAGAAUGAUAUUUUAAAUUAGAUUACAUUCCUUCUGGAAGCAGAUAUUCCAAGAAAGCACAAAACUGCAGUCUCAGUGAAUAAAAAUCUCCGCAUUGUUUAAAUAGUAGGAGGGGGGAAAAAAUCCAGUGUUUUGAAAUUUCCUUUGGGUUUAUGAUUUUCUAAUGACUGUCACUCUGAACUUACAGUGUUGCAUUAGAAAAAUAUAAGGCUGGGGUUGCUUUGAAAAGACCAAACUAAAACACUUCUAAAAUUAUACUAUAGAGCAUAUGCAGGCCUAUGAAGUGUCUCAGGCACAUUUCUGUAAUUGAGGUAGUAUUAUGUUAUCAGUUUUGUUAAUGCUGUUUUCUGCAGGCAGCUCAGCAUACUAAUGUGAAAAGCUUUUUAUUUUUAUUUUUCCUGUAUUCAUAGACAAGGCAGUAAGUUCAAACCCCAGUGCUGAGAGUCAGGAAAGGUUUCAGACUGAAAGCCAUACACACUUCCAAAUACUCAGCUUCAAGUCAGAGCUUGUUCUUGGGAGAUGCCGCCCUAGGGUGGUAGAAGCUGCUUAGCAUGGGUGCUGAAGAGACUCCUGUAAAGAAAACAGGUGACAGACUCCAUCACCUACAAGAUUUAUCACUGUACAGUGAUAAAGAAGGGCUAUAGAGAAAGGAUGGCUGCAAGUGUAUCCGCAUUAAUUCCUGGCCAGUAGUAUUGUAAAUUUGGAAGGGAUGAAAAAAUGAGAGAAUAAAUAUCAAGACUGGGAUGGAAUUAACAUUUGUUCAGUCAUAAAAUGUUAACAGAUCAUGUUUAAUAAGUAUUGCUACUAGGUUUUACAUAACCAAAGCUACUGUAUGAUUGUAAUUUUGCCAAACUGUAAUGGAUAGAUAAACGAACCUGGGGGUAUAUGCAAUAAUAUCCAGUUGUAUUAGUUAUCAGCUACUAUAACCAAGUGGCUGGUUCAUUUGGUUAAUGCUGUCUAUGGCCUUUAAUCUUGGUGGUUAUUUGUGUUUUUUAUUUUGAAAAAAAAAAGUCAAUAAAACUGUUUAGUUAUAAAAUGUC